UGUUCAGAUGUGAACACGUGUGUCUGUGCAUAUAUUUAUAUAUAAAAUUGAAAACUGGCAACACGUCUUUGGCUGAAUAGUGGCUCUUACAGGGUUACGGAAAUAGGGUUGCAGGGUUACAGGAAACGAAUUUAUGCGAUAAAAAAAGUGCAAUAAUCCACCGGCAUUGUUUUAUGUAAUUUUGAUGGAUUAAAUUUUAUGUAUCCAUGUAUUCCUUAAUUACAUUUGAAAAAAAUAUCUUAAUUUCCGCAUUUACGUGUCACUAUGGCAACAGUCUAUCUGUUUGUAGGCGGAAGUGAGCGCAGAGCUAGCAGCCGUUAGCCGAGUUACCAAACCUGUAAGGUAUUUCAUACACUUAUAAAUUACACGGAAGUAAUCGCAUCGAUGGCCACACACAGAGCCCCAGAAUCAAAGCGAGAGCAGUUUAGAAGAUACCUGGAGAAAUCUGGUGUUAUUGAAACUUUAACAAGUGUUUUAGUGACACUUUAUGAAGAACCUGAGAAGCCCAACAAUGCACUUGACUUCAUAAAGCUCCAUCUCGGGGUGGUGGAUCCGGAGCAAGCAGAUGCCGAGGCUCUCCGCAUGGAGCUGGCCGACCUACAGGAGAAAUGCAACCAGCUCAUGGAGGAAAACAAAGAGCUAAAGAACAAGCUGAUGCAGUACGAGUCAUCGUCUGAAGAGGGAGCAGGAGUGUAGAAGGCUGUGGAGUUUCUUUUUAGAAAAAAAAACAAAAUAAAAACUGUGAAACACUU